GUUCAAGCCGAGUAGAGACUGGCUAGGGGUCGGGGGGUGGGGGCAGAAAGCUGGGGCUGACACCCGCGCACCCGGACAUCACCCGAGCAUCGCCUGUGACAGCGCCCUGGGUCCGGUGGAGGGCAGCGGGGGGAGGAGAGAAGGAGGAGGAGAAGGAGGAGGAGGCGGGAGCAGCAUCCGGAGCGGAGCUGCAGCAGCGCCGCCUUUUGUGCUGCGGCCGCGGAGCCCCCGAGAGCCCACCACUCACCACCACCGCUCAAGGCCUAGAGGUCAUGGCCUGCCUCCAUGAGACCCGAACACCCUCCCCUUCCUUUGGGGGCUUCGUGUCUACCCUAAGCGAGGCAUCCAUGCGCAAGCUGGACCCAGACACUUCCGACUGCACUCCCGAAAAGGACCUGACGCCUACCCAGUGUGUACUUCGAGAUGUAGUACCCCUUGGUGGGCAGGCUGGGGGUGGGCCCAGCCCCUCCCCAGGUGGAGAGCCACCCCCUGAGCCUUUUGCCAACAGUGUCCUGCAGCUACAUGAGCAGGACACAGGGGGCCCAGGGGGAGCCCCUGGGUCACCUGAGAGUCGGGCGUCCAGAGUUCGAGCAGAUGAGGUGCGGCUACAGUGCCAGAGUGGCAGUGGCUUUCUUGAAGGCCUCUUUGGCUGCCUGCGCCCUGUCUGGACCAUGAUUGGCAAAGCCUAUUCCACCGAGCACAAGCAGCAGCAGGAAGACCUUUGGGAGGUCCCCUUUGAGGAAAUCCUGGACCUGCAGUGGGUGGGCUCAGGGGCCCAGGGUGCUGUCUUCCUGGGGCGCUUCCAUGGGGAGGAGGUGGCUGUGAAGAAGGUACGAGACCUUAAAGAGACCGACAUCAAGCACCUGCGCAAGCUGAAGCACCCCAACAUCAUCACUUUCAAGGGUGUGUGCACCCAGGCUCCUUGCUACUGCAUCCUCAUGGAGUUCUGCGCCCAGGGUCAGCUAUAUGAGGUACUACGGGCUGGCCGCCCCGUCACCCCCUCCUUGCUGGUUGACUGGUCCAUGGGCAUCGCUGGUGGCAUGAACUACCUGCACCUGCACAAGAUUAUCCACAGAGACCUCAAGUCCCCUAACAUGCUAAUCACAUAUGACGACGUGGUGAAGAUCUCAGAUUUUGGCACUUCCAAGGAGCUGAGUGACAAGAGCACCAAGAUGUCCUUUGCAGGGACAGUAGCCUGGAUGGCCCCUGAGGUGAUCCGCAAUGAGCCUGUGUCUGAGAAGGUCGACAUCUGGUCCUUUGGUGUAGUGUUGUGGGAACUGCUGACUGGAGAGAUCCCCUACAAAGACGUAGAUUCCUCAGCCAUCAUCUGGGGUGUAGGAAGCAACAGUCUCCAUCUGCCUGUGCCCUCCAGCUGCCCAGAUGGCUUCAAAAUCCUGCUUCGCCAGUGCUGGAAUAGCAAACCACGAAAUCGUCCAUCAUUCCGACAGAUCCUGUUGCAUCUGGACAUUGCCUCAGCUGAUGUACUCUCCACACCCCAGGAGACUUACUUUAAGUCCCAGGCAGAGUGGCGGGAAGAAGUAAAGCUGCACUUUGAAAAGAUUAAGUCAGAAGGGACCUGUCUGCACCGCCUAGAAGAGGAGCUGGUGAUGCGGAGGAGGGAGGAGCUCAGACAUGCAUUGGAUAUCAGGGAGCACUACGAACGCAAGCUGGAGAGAGCCAACAACCUGUACAUGGAGUUAAAUGCCCUCAUGUUGCAGCUGGAACUCAAGGAACGAGAGUUGCUCAGGCGGGAGCAAGCUUUAGAGCGGAGGUGCCCAGGCCUACUUAAGUCACACCCUUCCCGGGGCCUUCUGCAUGGGAACACAAUGGAGAAGCUCAUUAAGAAGAGGAACAUGCCACAGAAGCUCUCACCCCAUAGCAAAAGGCCAGAUAUCCUCAAGACAGAGUCUUUGCUACCUAAACUAGAUGCAGCCCUAAGUGGGGUGGGGCUUCCUGGGUGUCCUAAGGGCCCCCCCUCACCAGGACGGAGUCGCCGUGGCAAGACCCGUCACCGCAAGGCCAGCGCCAAGGGCAGCUGUGGGGACCUGCCUGGGCUUCGUGCAGCUAUGCCACCCCAUGAACCUGGGGGACCAGGAAGCCCAGGGGGAGUGGGACCCUCAGCCUGGGAGGCCUGUCCCCCCACCCUCUGUGGGCUCCAUCAUGACCUUCUGCUCCGCAAGAUGUCUUCGUCAUCCCCAGACCUGCUGUCAGCAGCACUGGGGUCCCGGAGCCGGGGAGCCACAGGAGGAGCUGGGGAUCCUGGCUCACCACCUCCAGCCCGGGGUGACACCCCCCCAAGUGAGGGCUCAGCCCCUGGCUCCACCAGCCCAGAUUCACCUGGGGGAGCCAAAGGGGAGCCACCUCCACCAGUAGGACCUGGUGAAGGUGUGGGGCUGCUGGGAACUGGAAGGGAAGGGACUUCGGGCCGGGGAGGAAGCCGGGCUGGGUCCCAGCACUUGACCCCAGCUGCACUCCUGUACAGGGCUGCUGUCACCCGCAGUCAGAAACGAGGCAUCUCUUCAGAAGAGGAGGAAGGAGAGGUGGACAGUGAAGUAGAACUGACUUCAAGCCAGAGGUGGCCUCAAGGCCUGAACAUGCGCCAGUCACUAUCUACCUUCAGCUCAGAGAAUCCAUCAGAUGGGGAGGAAGGUACAGCUAGUGAGCCUUCCCCCAGCGGCACCCCUGAAGUUGGCAGUACCAACACUGAUGAGCGGCCCGAUGAACGGUCUGAUGACAUGUGCUCCCAGGGCUCAGAAAUCCCACUGGACCCACCUCCUUUGGAGGUGGUCCCUGACCCUGUACCCAGCACCGUGCCCAUGCCACACCAGGACCUACUCAGAGGGGAGCAGGGCCCUCCCAAUACUGAGGACUCAGACUGUGACAGCACUGAAUUGGACAACUCCAACAGCAUUGAUGCCUUGCGGCCCCCAGCCUCCCUCCCUCCAUGAAAGCCACUCUUACUCCCUGUACAUAGAGAAAUAUUUAUAUAAAUAAUAUAUAUGCGCCACAUAAUCAACAGAGAAAGAUGGGGCUGUCCCAGCCUUAGGUCAGGCUUGAGGGAGACUGAUCCCCUGACCACUGAUAAGACUCUAGGGACACUGGCAGCUGUGGAAAUGAAUGGUAAACACUGCCCUAGAGCUGUGCAUAAGGAGAAACCGGCCCCUUCCUGCUUCACCCCAUUCCUUAUGUUCAGCAAGCAGUCAGGCAAUAGAAAAGCCACGCUUGUCUCUGUACUCUAACCCCAAAUACUGGGGGGCAGGAGAGGGAACCAUUUAGACUGCACUUUUGUUUACACAUUUUGCACUUGGGAGGAGGGAGACUAAGGCUGGGUCCUCCCCUCUGAGGUUUCUCAGGUGGCAAUGUAACUCAUUUUUUUGUCCCUCCAUUUCUCUGCCAAAGCCCUGGCUUAGGGCCCCAGGUGGGAGGUUAGGAGACUGAUAGCAUGUGAUGGCUCAGGCUGAAGAACUGGGGUGCUGUGUAAGUCCCUACUUUUAUCCUGGUGCCUGAUUGGGGUGGGGACUGUCAUAUUGUAAACCCUGUGAAAAACCUUGAAAUAUAACCACUCCAUGCAGGCCCAGCUGUUGAGGGUUU